AUGGCGAUGAACGCGUUUCGGUUCGCGGGGGACGUGCUGCACCUGCUGUCGAUAGCGCUGGUGCUGCUGAAGCUGCGGCGCAGCAAGAACUGCAUCGGGAUAUCGUGCCGCAUGCAGGAGAUGUACUUGGUGGUGUUUUGCGCGCGGUACGUGGACCUGCUGUACAGUUUCAUUUCCAUUUACAACUCCACAAUGAAGGUGCUCUUCAUCGCCUCCACGGCGUACACGAUUUACCUGAUUCGCUUCAAACCCCCGAUAUCGCAGACCUACAAAAGGGCCCGCGCAGACAACUUCCCGCACGAGCGCUACUUGCUGCUGCCGUGUCUGCUGCUGGCGCUGCUGACCACGGAGAACUACGCCGUGUCCGAAGUGCUGUGGACCUUCAGCAUCUGGCUGGAGGCCGUGGCCAUCGUGCCGCAGCUGCUGCUGCUGCAGCAGCUGCGCGAAGUCGAAAACCUCACCGGCAACUACGUGGCCUGCCUGGGGCUCUACAGGUUCAUGUACAUCCUCAACUGGGUCUACAGGUACUUCGCGGAGCCCGUGCCGUACGUCAACUACGUGGGCUGGAUCGCGGGCUUCAUUCAAACGGCGCUUUACCUCGACUUUUUCUUCUACUACGCCGUCGCCAAGUGGUACGGCGAGAAGCUCGUGCUGCCCGUCCACACGGAGGUUUAG